AUGGCCGACACAUUGAAGUAAGCACUUUUUCUACUCGAAAAAUCGCAUUUUAUGGGUUUUUUACCCCAGAAUUGCGAAAAACGCGAUUUUUGCAUUGAAAAAGAUAGUUUUCUCGAAAAAUAUCGAAUUACAAGCCAAAUAAAAUAAUGCAAAAAAAGUUAGUUCGUCUAACUCGAUCCUGUUUGAUUGACUAAAAAGAUAUUAAACCAACCAUUUUAUUUUUCUUUUUUUUUUGGUUUACACUGUUUUUCUUUAAAAAAAUAUAUUGCAAAAGUGCACUUUUUCUGAGGAAAAAUUGUACUAAUUUUGUUUUUUUUUUGUUCUUUUUUUUAGUUGUAUAGAUAGUUUUGGUUUGGUUUUGUUGCGAAAAUUGUGUACGAAAAAUUUUCUUAGUACAUUUUCACUGAAAAUCCACCAAAUUUGCUCAAUUAUCCAUGUCUAGACAACGUUUUUAUCGAUUUCCCAGGGAUUUUCAACAUUUUCUUGCAGUUCUCAUCAAUCUCACCAAAUGGGUGGUCGAAAGCAUCAAAACAAUCGUCGACACAAAAGUGUCGCAUCGGUUGGCGACCGAAAAAAUCAAAGAUCGUCUUCGCAAUCCAGCGCCACGCCAGCCACGUUGGCCGCCAAAUUUGUGCCACAAGUCGUGAGUUUUUGAGUGGAAUUAGGGGAUUUUCGAACAAAAAGUCCAAAAAAUCUCGAAAUUUGAGAGAAUUUCGAGAUUUUUUGGCGAAAUUAUAAAAACAAGACCUUUUCCCUGAUUUUUGGUUUAAAAAUCAUGAAGUUUUCAAGAAAAUUGACCCUAAUCCUUAAAAUAAGUCAAAAAACCUGAAAUUUCGUGAAAAUUCCAGAUUUCUUGGCAAAAUUCUGAAAAUAUAGGCCUUUUCCCUGAUUUUUGGUUUAAAAAUCUUGAAUUUUGAAGAAAAUUCACCCUAGUCCCAAAAAAUAAAUCCAAAAAUCUGAAAUUUCGAGAAAAUUCCAGAUUUCUUAACAAAAUUCUGAAAUUAUGAACCUUUUUCUGAUUUUUGGUUCAAAUUUUGAGAUUUUUGAACUUAAAAAAUCUUGAAUUUUGAAGAAAAUUCACCCUAAUCCUAAAAAUAAGUCCAAAAAAAACUUGAAAUUUUGGUAAAAUUUCAGAUUUGUUGGCGAUAUUCUGAAAAUAUAGACCUUUUUCUGAUUUUUGGUUUAAAAAUCUUGAAUUUUGAAGAAAAUUGACCCUAAUCCUAAAAAAAGUCCAAAAAAUUUCAAAACUUGAGAUUUUUGGCGAAAUUAUGAAGACGAAAACCUUUUCCCUGAUUUUUGGUUUAAAAAUCUUGGAUUUUGAAGAAAAUUGAUUCUAGAGGUCUGAAAUUUCGAGAAAAUUCCAGAUUUUUUGGUGAAAUUCUAAAAAUUAAAACCUUUUUCUGAUUUUUGGUUUAAAAAUCUUGAAUUUUGAACAAAAUUGACCCUAAUCCUUAAAAAAAGUCCAAAAAACCUGGAAUUAUGCUAAAAUUUCAGAUUUCUUGUCCAAAUACUGAAAAUAUCAACCUUUUCCCUGAUUUUUGGUUUAAAAAUCUUGAAUAUCCCAAGAAAAUUGACCCUAACCCUAAAAAUAAGUCCAAAAAAACCUGGAAUUUUGCUAAAAUUCCAGAUUUUUUGGCUUGAACUUUUGAUAUAAUUCGGAGAAUUUUCAAAUUUUCCGUAAACAUGAGCAAUGCUCAUCAUUUCUCUAUUUAUUUAUUUAGUCAACUUAUUGUAAACCCCGCUUUUGUUCUGUUUUCCGACCCGAAAAGGACAUAUAUGUUUAUUUUAUCAAAAUUUGAAGAAAAGAGGGGGAAUUUGGAUUUUUGAAGGUGUUUUGGGUCAAAAAUUCCACCAAAAAUGCUCCAAAACCACAGAAAACAUGUCAAAAAUCAAAAAUCGAGGAAAAAUCCCAUAUUUCCACUCAAAAUGCUCCAAAAAUUAAUUCUAGGACGGUCAAAAUGCGUUCAUAUUGUGCAUCACGCGUCUUGGAAGACAAGGCCACGAAUUCACGUGGCAUGAUAUCCGAAAGGUUUAUCACAAGGACACGGGAAGAACUUUGACAAUGGACGAAAUGAAUGCAAUGUAUGGAACCAAGAAUUUGACAAAGUAAGUGAUUUUUGAAUAGAAAUUGAGGGAAACUGGGAAAUUCUGGCUAAGUUUGAUCGAAAAAUGAGGAAAAUCCUAGUUUUGGAGCUAAAAUUGAUGAAAUUUGAGCUGAAAUUGAUGAAAAUCCUGGUUUUUGAGCUGAAAUUAUUGAGAAUCCAAGUUUUUGAGCUGAAAUUGAUGGAAACCCUGGGUUUUGAGCUAAAAUUGAUGAAAAUCCAAGUUUUAGAGCUAAAAAUGAUAAAAAUCCUAGUUUUCCAGCUAAACUUGAUGAAAACCCAAGUUUUUGGGCUAAAAAUGGUAAAAAUUCUAGUUUUCAAGCUGAAAAUGAUGGAAAUCCUUGGUUUUGAGCUGAAAUUGAUGAAAAUCCAAGUUUUGGAGCUGAAAAUGAUGAAAAUCCAAGUUUUCCAGCUAAACUUGAUGAAAAUCCUAGUUUUGGAGCUAAAAAUGGUAAAAAUUCUAGUUUUGGAGCUGAAAUUAUUGGAAAUCUAUGGUUUUCACCUGGAAAUGAUGGAAAUCUAUGGUUUUCCAGCCAAAAAUGAUGAAAAUCCAAACUUUUGAGCUGAAAUUGAUGGAAAUCCACGUUUUUAAGCUGAAAUUGAUGGGAAACCACGUUUUUGGGCUCAUUUUGACCCUAAAAUGACGUUUCUAGCUCAUUUGUGCUAAAAAUUACAGAUUUCCAAGUUUUUGGCUCAUUUUAACGUAAUUUUCGCUCUAAAAAAUCCUCUAAUCAUUUUCACAUUGAAAAUUGACGAAAUUCUUGAAUUUUUCAUUCAAAAUUCAUAAUUUGCAAUGAAAAUUUCAUAAAAAUCAUGAAAAUUGGCUUCAUUAGGCUGAAAAUUAUCAAAAAUUUCAAUUUUAAGCCCCAGAAUCAAAAAAUUCCCAAAGUUUCCAAUUUCAGACCAAAAUAGCCCGAAAAACUCACAGUCUAUUGAAAAUAUCACAAAAAUCACCAAAUUUCAUAAUUCUUCACAUUUCCACACUGAAAAUGCCCCAAAAAUCCCCUCAUUUUUCCACAUUCCAGACGCGAAAUCCUCGAACUGCCAGCUGUCUCACAAUUACUCGAAAUAAUGGAUGGUAGUAUGUUGUGUCGAUUCCGUCUCAAUUUGUCGGCAACGGCGGCGAUUCAUCAAGACAAACAACAACGAAAAGCGGUGCCACGUGGCAGUGCUGCUGAAAAUUUCAGCCAAAAUCAGGCGUUGCAUGUGGAGGAUUUGGAACAACAAUUGGUGGCUGAUGCGCAGAAGGUUGGUGGGGUUUUUGGGGGAAAUUGGCUGAAAAUGAUCUGAAAAUAUGAUUUUUAGCUGAAAUUUGUGAUUUUCUGACUGAAAAUUCAUAGAAAUGAUCUGAAAUUAAAGAUUUUGUGUGAAAAGUUCGAUUUUCACAGUCUUUCAGGUCAAAAAUAACGAAUUUUUGACGAAAAAUGACCUGGAAUUGAAAUUUGAGACUGUCUGAAAAUAUGAUUUUUUAGCUGAAAUUUUUGUGAUUUUCCAGAAUUUCUAACUGAAAUUCAUAGAAAUGACCUGAAAUUGAUGAUUUUGUGUGAAAAAUUUGAUUUUCACGGUGUUUUAGGUCAAAAAUAAUCAAUUUUUGACAGAAAAAGCUUUAACUUACCUAAAAUUGGGUUCUAAUGAUAAAAUUACCAAAAAAUAGUGUUUUCUGACCUAUUUUCCACCUACAAUUGAGAAUUUUUCUGAAAAUCACUCUGAAAAUCUCAAAUUUCCCCGAUUUUUUGCAGGAAGAAUCGAGUCCUAUCGAAAUCUCAACAGAUAUUGACGCAAAAUCCAACGGACCAACAUCGGAUUUGUCGAAAUCCGAUGUUUUGUCGCCGAAUUUGGAGGAGAAACACGCGGAAUUGUCACAUCAGGCAUCACUUCAAUCAACUGAUGAUGAGGGAUGGGUUUCUGGAAGAGAAGUGAGUGAUUUUUGACUGAAAAUUUGGAAUUUUGGGGGAAUUUUGACCCGAAAAUUGGGCUUUUGGGGUGAUUUUGACCUGAAAAUUGCAUUUUUCUUCAAAUUUUCACCAAAAAAUUGCAUUUUUCUUCAAAUUUUGACCUGAAAUUCCCAAUUUUCAGACAAGAUCCGAUAAUUCGUCUCCACAAUUGGACGAAUCGCCGAAAAAUGAGCCAGUUUUUGAGGAAGAGCAGCCAAAAGAGGAGAAUGUGAGUUUUUUCGGGCUCUUUUGGUCUGAAAUUGGGAAUUUUUGGGUUCUGGGGCUGAAAUUCUAGAUUUUUCAUGAUUUUCAUGGUCAAAACUGGAAAAUUUGGGAAUUUUUGGAUUCUGAAGCUGAAAUUCUAGGUUUUUCAUGAUUUUCAUGCCCAAAACUGGAAAAAUUCCAGAUUUUCUGAUUCUGGAGCUGAAAUUGGCUGAAAUUCUAGAUUUUUCAUGAUUUUCAUGCUCAAAACUGGAAAAAUUCCAGAUUUUCUGAUUCUGGAGCUGAAAUUGGCUGAAAUUCUAGAUUUUUCAUGAUUUUCAUGCUCAAAACUGGAAAAAUUAGAGUUUUCCAGGUUCUGGAGCUGAAAUUGGCUGGAAUUCUAGAUUUUUCAUGAUUUUCAUGCUCGAAACUGGAAAAAUUCGGUUUUCCAGAUUCUGGGGCUGAAAUUCUAGGUUUUUCAUGAUUUUCAUGCUCAAAACUGGAAAAAUUAGAGUUUUCCAGAUUCUGGAGCUGAAAUUCUAGAUUUUUCAUGAUUUUCAUGCUCAAAACUGGAAAAAUUAGAGUUUUCCAGAUUCUGGGGCUGAAAAUCAUGGUCUAGAAGGUUUUUGGGCUGAAAUUCUAGAUUUUUCAUGAUUUUCAUGCUCAAAACUGGAAAAAUUAGAGUUUUCCAGAUUCUGGGGCUGAAAAUCAUGGUCUAGAAGGUUUUUGGGCUGAAAUUCUAGAUUUUUCAUGAUUUUCAUGCUCAAAACUGGAAAAAUUACAGAUUUUCAGAUUCUGGGGCUGAAAAUCAAGUUUUUGAUGAAUUUUUGGGUCAAAAAUAGUAUUUUCUCUCAAUUUCAGCCAAAUUUAAUCUCAAAAUUCAAAUUUUCAGCCAAUUUCCACCCAAAAUUCUUAAAAUUUUCAGACAAAUCGAAUUGCGGCUGGAAGUGAUGAAAUGGAUGGUGGAGUUGUCUCAAUUGCACCAAUGAUGUAUGAGCAAAAAGAGCAUUUGGAGCAUUUCCGGCCAACAGUUGUCACAACUUCGAUUGAAGCCGCUUUUGAUGCAAUUGAUGAGAAUAGUUUUGGAUAUGCAAAUGAGACGGUUCAGGAGAAAAUGUGAGGAUUUUUGGGGUGAAAAUCAUGAUUUUUGAGCUAAAAUUCAUGGAAAAUGACCUAUUUUUGGUCCUGGAGCUCUAAUUUUUGACCUUGGAGCCGAUAUUUGAGCAAAUUAAGCGUUCUAACUUAAAAAUUGUGAAAAAAUGACCUAUUUUUGGUCCUGAAACAAAAAAAGAGCAUUUUUUGAGCUCAGAGCAUGAUUUUUCACGAAAAUUCAUGAUUUUUGAAUUUUUUCCCAAUUUUAGGUUAAAAAUUAUGAAAAUUAGGCUCAAAAUUCACUAGAAACUCAAUUUUCAGCCAAAAAUUCCUAUUUUUUCCAGAAAAUCACCAACUUCCUCUUCUUCUCUCACAAUUCCAGCACCAACUCCACGAAAAUCUCGAAACGCUGAAAAUUUGCCGGAAAGACAGGAGAAUAUUCAAAAGCUUAUCGAGAAAUUCGACCAGCCGAUUGGAUUUGUUGAGGUUUGCAUUUUGGGCUGGAAAUUUGGGAUUUUUGAGUGGAAAUUUGGGAUUUUCAGCCAAAAAUUGAUAGAAAAGUGGCUGAAAAUUUGAAUUUUUGAAGAUUUUUAGGCUGAAAAUUGAUCUGAAACUCGAUCUUGAGCUCUAGAAAAUCGAAAAAUCUGAAAAUUUUCAGCCUAGAAUCAAAAAAUGAUGAAAAAUUCAAUCCUAGAUCAGAAAUUAUCGAUUUUUGCCAAAAAUUGGUCUGAAACUCGAUUUUCAGCUCCGAAUUUCGAAAAAUUUCGAAAUUUCAGUCUAGGACCUGAAAAAUCAUGAAAAAUGAUUUUCUAGACCAAAAAUUAUCGAUUUUUCUCAAUUUUCAGCCAAAAAUUGAUCUGAAACUCGAUUUCCAACUCCGAAUUUCGAAAAAUUUGGAAAUUUCAGUCUAGGACCUGAAAAAUGAUUUUCUAGGCCAAAAAUUAUCGAUUUUUCUCAAUUUUCAGCCAAAAAUUGAUCUGAAACAUGAUUUUCAGCUUCAAAAUUCGAAAAAUUUGGAAAUUACGUAUUUUUUUUACCAAAAAUUCAUUUGGAGCAAGAUUUCGAGCUCCGAAAUCUGAAAAUUUCGAAAUUUCAGUCUAGGACCUGAAAAAUGAUGAGAAAUGCUUUUCUAGACCGAAAAUUAUCGAUUUUUCUCAAUUUUCAGCCAAAAAUUGAUCUGAAACUCGAUUUUCAGCUCCGAAUUUGGAAAAACUUGAAAAUUUCUGAAAUUUUGCAGAUGAAAACCGAUUCACCCACAAAAUCGCCAACAAAAUCAAUCUAUAAUCAAGUUUUGGCUGAAAUUGGUGAAACUGAAAAGAAGAUUGAUGAGAUAUUCACGUCUCCCGCGAAAAAUCCAGAAUCCGAAGCUCCAAAUCCGACUGGAAAAUCGCCAAAAGUUUUAUUCAGAAACGCGUCGACUUAUAGCCAAAUUUUGGCGCAGGAAAAGAAGGAUUUGAGCAAUUUUGCGGAGGAAAAACGAAAAGAGGCGGAAUUUAGUGUGAAAGAGGUGGGGUUUUGGAGAAUUUUGGGCUGGAAAUAUGGAAAAAUCGAUAUUUUUAAGCCUAAAAAUCGGGGUUUUCAUCAUUUUUUGGGUAUUGGACUGAAAAUCCUGGAUUUCCAGACGAAAAUGCUGAAAAUUUUGCUCUUGGUGAAUUUUGGCUGAAAUUCUGAAGUUUUCCAGUGAAAUAUAUGGAAAAUCGAUAUUUUUAAGCCUAGAAAUCGAUUUUUCAUCAUUUUUAGGUCCUAAACUGAAAAUCUUUGACUUUCAAGCGAAAAUGCUGAAAAUUUAGCUCCAGAUGAUUUUUGGCUGAAAUUCUGAGGUUUUCCAAUGAAAAUUGUGGUUUUUGGGCUGAAAAUCGUUAUUUUAAGCCCAAAGCGCUGAAAAUUGAGGAAAAUCGAUAUUUUUAAGCCUAGAAAUCGAUUUUUCAUCAUUUUCAGGUCCUAGGCUGGAAAAUCGUGGAUUUUCAGGCAAAAAUGCUGAAAAUUAUGAAUUUUUCACUGAAAAACGUGAUUUUUCAUCAUUUUUUUGGGUCCUGGACUUAAAAUCGUGGAUUUCCAGACGAAAAUGCUGAAAAUUUAGCUCUUGGUGAAUUCUGGCUGAAAUUCUGAAGUUUUCCAGUGAAAAUUGAGAAAAAUCAAUAUUUUUGAGCCCUGAAAUCGAUUUUUCAUCAUUUUUUGGGUCCUGGGCUGAAUAUCGUGGAUUUCCAGGCGAAAAUGCUGAAAGAUUAGCUCCAGAUGAUUUUUUGGAUGAAAUUCUGAAGUUUUCCAGUGAAAAUUGUGGUUUUUGGGCUGAAAAUCAUUAUUUUGAGCCCAGAGCGCUGAAAAUUGAGGAAAAUGUAUAUUUUCAAUGAGUUUUCUAUCAUUUUUCGAGUUCUGGACUGGAAAUUUUGAAUUUACAGUCAAAAAUGCUGGAAAUUUUGAAUUUUUCGCUGAAAAACGUUAUUUUUCAUCAUUUUCAGGUCCUAGACUCUGUAAAAUGCUGAAAAUUCGAAUUUUCAGACAAAAAAUGCUGAAAAUUUUGAAUUUUUCAUCAUUUUUUUGGUUCCUGGACUGAAAAUCGUGGAUUUCCAGACGAAACUGCUGAAAAUCUUGUUCUUGGUGAAUUUUGGCUGAAUUUCUGAAGUUUUCCAGUGAAAAUUAUGGAAAAGUUGGGUUUUUUCAUCGUUUUUUGGGUCCUGGACUGAAAAUCCUGGAUUUCCAGUCAAAAAAUGCUGAAAUUUUAGCUUCAGCUGAUUUUUGGCUGAAAUUCAGAAGUUUUCCAGUGAAAAUUGAGAAAAAUCAAUAUUUUUGAGCCUAGAAUUGGGUUUUUCAUCAUUUUUUGGGUCCUAGGCUGGAAAAUCGUGGAUUUCCAGUCAGAAAAUGCUGAAAAUUUUUAAUUUUUCACCUGAAAAACGUGAUUUUUCAUCAAUUUUGGUUCUAGACUGGAAAAUCGUGGAUUUACAGACGAAAAUGCUGAAAAUUAAGCUCCAGAUGAUUUUUGGCUGAAAUUCUGAAGUUUUCCAGUGAAAAUUGAGAAAAAUUGAUAUUUUUGAGCCUAAAAAUCGGGUUUUUCAUCAUUUUUUGGGUCCUGGACUGAAAAUCGUGGAUUUCCAGUCAAAAAUGCUGAAAAUUUUGAAUUUUUCACCUGAAAAACGUGAUUUUUCAUCAUUUUUUGGGUCUUGGACUGAAAAUCCUGGAUUUCCAGUCAAAAAUGCUGAAAAUCUGGCUAUUUGUGAAUUUUUGCUGAAAUUCUAAAGUUUUCAAGGGAAAAUCGAUAUUUUAAGCCCAGAAAUCGAUUUUUCAUAAUUUUUUGGGCCCUGGACUGGAAAAUCUUAGAUUUCCAGAUGAAAAAUGCUGAAAAUUUUGAUUUUUUCGCUGAAAAACGUCAUUUUUCAUCAUUUUUUUGGUCCUGCACUAAAAAUUGUGGAUUUCCAGUCAGAAAAUGCUGAAAAUCUGGCUAUUGGUGAUUUUUGGCUGAAAUUCUGAAGUUUUCCAGUGAAAAUUGAGGAAAAUCGAUAUUUUUAAGCCCAGAAAUCGAUUUUUCAUCAUUUUUCCGGUCCUAGACUAGAAAAUCCUGGAUUUCUAGUCAAAAAAUGCUGAAAAUUUUGAUUUUUACGCUGAAAAACGUGAUUUUUCAUCAAUUUUAUGCCCCAUGCUCUGUAAAAUGCUGAAAACUCGAAUUUUCAGACAAAAAUUAUCAUAUUUUCAGCAAGCCUCAAUGUCGUCGUUGGAAAUCGAAUAUUUCGAAUCGAAAAUGCGUGCUGAUGCCGGUUUAUUUGAUGAGGUAUGGGAAAUUUUGAGAUUUUUGCUGAAAAUUGACUGAAAAUGAUGAAAAUUUCGAAAUUUUGGCUCAAAAUGCUCCAAAUUUCAUAAAAAAUCUGAAAAUUUAGCUUAAAAUGCUUCAAAUUUCAUAAAAAAUCUGAAAAUGUAGCUGAAAAUCCUCCAAAUUUCAUCAAAAAUCUGAAAAUUUAGCUUAAAAUGCUCCAAAUUUCAUAAAAAAUCUGAAAAUUUAGCUUAAAAUGCUCCAAAUUUCAUAAAAAAUCUGAAAAUUUUGGCUCAAAAUGCUCCAAAUUUCAUCAAAAAUCUGAAAAUUUUGGCUUAAAAUGCUCCAAAUUUCAUCAAAAAUCUGAAAAAUCAGCUCAAAAUGCUCCAAAUUUCUUGAAAAAUCUCGAAAUUUAGCUAAAAAAUGCUCCAAAUUUCAUCAAAAAUCUGAAAAUUUUGCUUAAAAUGCUCCAAAUUUCAUGAAAAAUCUGAAAAUUUAGCUUAAAAUGCUCCAAAUUUCAUCAAAAAUCUGAAAAUUUAGCUCAAAAUGCUCUAAAUUUUAUCAAAAACUCGAAUUUUUGCUUCCAGCUUGGAAUUAAUGAUUGUGAUGGUUAUACUCCGCGAGCUUCUAUCGAUCCAUUAUCCGAAACGAGCCAAAAAAUUCAAUCUGCUCAAAAAUCGAAAAGUAGCGAAAAAUCGGAAGGAUUGGUCACCGUAAUUGAGCGAAAUAUGCCUGGAAAAUUGGCGAAAAAUCGGCAAAAUUCGGUUGAGGUGAGAUUUUUGGUUGAAAAAUUUGAAUUUCUAGCUGAAAAUGCUGAAAAUUUGAGCCCAAAAUCAUCAAAAAUCGAGUUUUGGUUGAAAAAAUGGAUUUUCAGCUAUUUUUUGACUGAAAAUUUGAAAAUUUUGAAUAUUUACAGCUAAAAAUGUUGAAAAUCUGAAAAUUGAGCCAUUUUCGAAAUUUUGCCACGUCAUAGCUCAAGUUUUUCUGAAAAUUUGAAGAAAAUUGGAUUUUCAGCUAUUUUUUGACUGAAAAUUCGAGCAUUUUCAGCUAAAAAUGUUGAAAAUCUGAAAAUUGAGCCAUUUUCGAAAUUUUGCCACGUCAUAGCUCAAGUUUCUCUGAAAAUUGGAUUUUCAGCUAUUUUUUGACUGAAAUUUGAGAAUUUCCAGCUGAAAAUGUUGAAAAUCUGAAAAUUGAGCCAUUUUCAAAUUUUUGCCACGUCAUAGCUCAAGUUUCACUGAAAAUUUGAAGAAAAUUGGAUUUUCAGCUAUUUUUUUACUGAAAAUUGGGAAAAUUUGAGCAUUUUCAGCUGAAAAUGUUGAAAAUCUGAAAAUUGAGUCAUUCUCGAAAUUUGCCACGUCAUAGCUCAAGUUUUUCUAAAAAUUUGAAGAAAAUUUGAAUUUUCAGCUAUUUUUGACUGAAAAUUUGAAAAUUUUGAGCAUUUUCUGCUGAAAAUGUUGAAAAUCUGAAAAUUGGGCCAUUUUCGAAUUUUGCCACGUCAUAGCUCAAUUUUCUCUGAAAAUUUGAAGAAAAUUGGAUUUUCAGCUAUUUUUUGAAUGAAAAUUUGAAAAAUUUGGGAAUUUUCAGCUGAAAAUAUUGAAAAUCUGAAAAUUGAGCCAUUUUCGAAUUUUGCCACGUCAUAGCUCAAGUUUCUCUGAAAAUUUCAGGAAAAUUGGAUUUUCAGCUAAUUUUUGACUGAAAAUUUGAAAAAUUUGGGAAUUUUCAGCUGAAAAUGUUGAAAAUCUGAAAAUUGGGCCAUUUUCGAAUUUUGCCACGUCAUAGCUCAAGUUUCACUGAAAAUUUGAAGAAAAUUGGAUUUUCAGCUAUUUUUUGACUGAAAAUUGGGAAAAUUUGAGCAUUUUCAGCUGAAAAUCCAAUUUUGACUGGAAAUUUGAAAAUUUUCAGCUCGAAAAUAUGAAAAUUCCAAACUUUGGUUGAAAAAUUGAUUUUAUCUGAAAAUAUCAGAUUUUUGAAUGUUUUCAGCUGAAAUUUUCAAUUUUUCUGAAAUUUUCGAAAAAAAUUGGAUUCUUACCUAUCUUUUGACCAGAAAUCCUGAAAUUUUUCAAAAAUUUUCAGCCAAAAAACCUUAAAAAUCUGAAAUUAUCCAUUUUUUUGCAGAGCGACGCUGAUAUCGCAUAUUCUUUGUGCUCUGAAGAUGAAGCUGAACCAAUUACUAUGAUUGAAAGAUCGAUGAAACCUGAAACAAGUUGGAAAAAUGAAGAAGCUGCUGCUGAAAAUUUGGCUGAAAAAGAGUCAUUCAAACGACACAAACGAGAAAAAACGGUUGUUGUAAAUGUUGAAUUGGAUAAUGGAGGAAAUGGAGCGAAAAUUGAGGAAAAAGUGGCGAAUUUGGAAAUUCAGACUAGUAUUAAGGUGAGUUUUUGGACCUGGAAACUUGUAAAAUUGAAGUUUUGGUGAAAUUUGAGCCUAGAAAUCUGAAAAAAUGAAUUUUUGGGCUUGGAACCUUGAAAAAUUUGAUUUUUGGUGAAAUUUGAGCCUAGAAAUCUGAAAAAAUGGAUUUUUGGGCCUGGAAACUUGAAAAAUUGAAUUUUCCAUGAAUUUUGAGCCUAGAAAUCUGAAAAAAUGAAUUUUUGGACCGGGAAACUUGUAAAAUUGAAUUUUUCGUGAAUUUUGAGCCUAGAAAUCUGAAAAAAUGAAUUUUUGAACCUGGAAAUUUGAAAAUUUUGAUUUUUGGUGAAUUGAGCCUAGAAAUCUGAAAAAAAUGAAUUUUCGGACCUGGAAACUUGAAAAAUUGAAUUUUUGGUGGAAUUUGGGCUUAGACAUCUAAAAAAAUGAAUUUCUGGUGAAUUUUUGGACUUGGAAACUUGAAAAAUUUAAUUUUUCGUGAAAUUUGAGCUUAGAAAUCUGAAAAAAAUGAAUUUCUGGUGAAUUUUGGAUCUGGGAACUUGUAAAAUUGAAUUUUUGGUGGAAUUUGAGCCUAGAAAUCUGAAAAAAUGAAUUUUUGGACUUGGAAACUUGAAAAAUUUAAUUUUUCGUGAAAUUUGAGCUUAGAAAUCUGAAAAAAAUGAAUUUCUGGUGAAUUUUGGAUCUGGGAACUUGUAAAAUUGAAUUUUUGGUGAAAUUUGAGCCUAGAAAUCUGAAAAAAUGAAUUUUUGGACCUGGAAACUUGUAAAAUUGAAUUUUUCGUGAAAUUUGAGCCUAGACAUCCGAAAAAAUGAAUUUUGGACCUGGAAACUUGAAAAAUUGAAUUUUUGGUGAAAUUUUGAAGUUUUUCACUCAGAACUCGAAAAUUCACGAUUUUUGGUGCAAAAAAUCGAUUUCUCGUGAUUUUUUGACCUGGAAACUUGGAAAAUUGAAUUUUUCGUGAAUUUUGAGCCUAGACAUCUGAAAAAAUGAAUUUUUCGUGAAUUUUGAGCCUAGAAAUCUGAAAAAUUGAAUUUUUGGUGAAAUUUGAGCUUAGAAAUCUGAAAAAAUGAAUUUUUGGUGAAAUUUGAGCCUAGAAACUUGAAAAAUUGAAUUUUUCAUGAAUUUUGAGCCCAGACAUCUGAAAAAAUAAAUUUUUGGACUUGGAAAAUUGAAAAAUUGAAUUUUUUGUGAAAUUUGAGCCUAGAAAUCUGAAAAAAUGAAUUUUUGGAUCUGGGAACUUGAAAAAUUGAAUUUUUUAUGAAUUUUGAGCCCAGAAAUCUUAAAAAUUGAUUUUUUCGUCAAAUUUGAGCCUAGACUUCUGAAAAAUUGAAUUUUUCAUGAAUUUUGAGCCUAGAAAUCUGAAAAAAUGAAUUUCUGGUGAAUUUUGGUCCUGGAAACUUGUAAAAUUGAAUUUUUGGACCUGGAAACUUGAAAAAUUGAAUUUUUCCAUGAAUUUUGAGCCUAGAAAUCUGAAAAAAUUAAUUUUGGACCUGAAAACUUGAAAAAUUGAAUUUUUGGUGAAAUUUAAGCCUAGAAAUCUGAAAAAAAUGAAUUUUUCGUGAAAUUUUGAAGUUUUUCCACCCAGAACUCGAAAAUUCACGAUUUUUGGUGCAAAAAAGUCGAUUUUUCGUGAUUUUUUGACCCGGAAACUGAUUUUUGGACCGAAAUUCGGAUAAAUUCGAGUUUUCUAGGCCUAAACAUGAAAAUUAGGCCCAAAUUUAAUUGUUGAACUGAAAAUCUAAGCCCCGGGUUUUCCAGUCUUGUUUAGGUAGUUUCUGGGCCCGAAAAUUUGAUUUUUGGCCCGAAAUUCAAAAUUUUGAGCUUAUUUGGCCUUGGAAACUUGAAAAAUUGGAUUUUUCGUGAAUUUUUGAGCCUGGAAUGUGGAAUAAUCUGAAAAUUUGAAUUUUCCAUGAAUUUUGAAGAUUUUUGGUCAAUUUUUGACAUGGAAGCUUAAAAAAUUGAAAAAAUCUCAAAUUUCUAUGAUUUUGCUCAAUUUUCCCAAAUUUUUGCAGGAAAGAAUAGCCGCUUUACAAGAUGCAGUAUCAGGUCAAAAAAGUCCGGCACCAAUUGCAAAAAUCGAAAAUGAAGAAGGAGAAGAAGCGGGAAUUAUUCACACGUUGAAUAGAACACAAGAAUUCGAGCAAUCUGUGUUGGAAAUUCGACCGGCUAAUGUUGCGGUGAGUGAAAAUCUGGUUAAAAUGGUCCAAAACGCGAGAAUUUUGGCUCGAAAUGAGCAAAAUUGAGAUUUUCAGCUUAUUUUUGACUGGAAACGCUGAAAAUUUGCCGAAAAUUGGACAAAAAUCACGAUUUUCCUAGAAUUUUUGCUGAAAUUUCUGGAAAUUUCACGUAUUCUUUCAAAUUUCUAGAAUUUUUGCUGAAAAUUCCCAAAUUUCUGAAAUUUCUAAAAAUUUCACGUAUUCUCUCAAAACUCUAGAAUUUUUGCUGAAAAUCUCAAAUUUCUGAAAUUUUCUAGAAUUUCUGGAAAUUUCACGUUUUUUCUCAAAUUUAUAGAAUUUUUGCUGAAAUUCCCAAAAAAAUCUCAAAUUUUCUAAAAUUUCUGGAAAUUUCACUUAUUCUUUCAAAUUUCUAGAAUUUUUGCUGAAAUUUUCUGAAAUUUCUAAAAAUUUCACGUAUUCUCUCAAAACUCUAGAAUUUUUGCUGAAAAUCUCAAAUUUCUGAAAUUUUCUAGAAUUUCUGGAAAUUUCACGUUUUUUCUCAAAUUUAUAGAAUUUUUGCUGAAAUUCCCAAAAAAAUCUCAAAUUUUCUAAAAUUUCUGGAAAUUUCACUUAUUCUUUCAAAUUUCUAGAAUUUUUGCUGAAAUUUUCUAAAAUUUCUGAAAAUUUCACGUAUUCUCUCAAAUUUCUAGAAUUUUUGCUGAAAAUCCCAAAUUUCUGAAGAAAUUUUCUAAAAUUUCUUAAAAAUUCUCUUAUUAUUUCAAAUUUAUAGAAUUUUUGCUGAAAUUCCCAAAAAUCUGAAGAAAUUUUCUAAAAUUUCUUAAAAAUUCUCUUAUUAUUUCAAAUUUAUAGAAUUUUUGCUGAAAAUUCCAGAUUUCUGAAAUUUUCUAAAAAUUUCUGGAAAUUUCACCUAUUCUUUCAAAUUUCUAGAAUUUUUGCUGAAAAUCCCAAAUUUCUGAAAUUUUCUGGAAAUUUUGCUGAAAAUCUCAAAUUUCUGAAAAUUUCUGGAAAUUUCACGUAUUCUUUUGAAAUUUCUAGAAUUAUUGCUGAAAAUCUCAAAUUUCUGGAAAUUUCACGUAUUCUUUCAAACUACAAGAUUUUCAAGAAACUUUCUGAAAUUCCCAAAAAUCUGAAAUUUUCAGACAAAUUCGGAUGGUUCAAUGCGUGCUCGUCGCCGUCAAGUUCGAUUUAUGCGUGGAUGUUGUGUUGUCUCCUAA